UUGCUCUCUAACCGCUCUCUGACUGCAGCUUCAGCACAGUUAGCAGCCCGAGCUAAUCCGGCUAACAGCUAACAGCUAACGGCUAGCUAGUGGCGCUAUGAUGGCGGAGCUGGUACAGGGACAGGCCUCGAUGAACCAGCCGGGGCUGAAAUCAGAUGGCCUGGCCGAUGUUUUACAGAGGGCCCGGCAGAUGGUGGGUAAGAUGGGCGGAGAAGCCAUGUCUCACCUCAACAGCUCCUCAGGAAGUGUCGAGCCCUCGCUCUACUACUCCGGCCAGAAACGACCAGGAGAGGACGGAGUAGGUAACCAACUAGCAGCCAUGGGGCAUCAAAGCAGGGUAAUCACAGAGGAUUACAAGGUCCCCGACAGGAUGGUUGGCUUCAUUAUUGGAAGAGGAGGUGAACAGAUAACCAGGAUCCAGUUGGAGUCCGGCUGCAAGAUCCAGAUUGCUGCUGACAGCGGAGGUCUGAUGGAGCGGCCAUGUUCCCUGACUGGAACUCCAGAGAGCAUUGAGCAGGCGAAGCGUCUGCUGGUCCAGAUCGUAGAUCGCUGUAGAAACGGUCCGGGUUUCCAUGGCGACGGUGAAGGCGGAGCCUCUGUGCAGGAGAUGCUGAUCCCGGCCAGUAAGGUGGGGCUGGUGAUUGGCCGAGGAGGAGACACCAUCAAACAGCUGCAGGAGCGAGCAGGGGUGAAGAUGAUGAUGAUCCAGGACGGUCCGAUGCCAACAGGAGCUGACAAACCUCUCCGCAUCUCUGGAGACCCGUACAAAGUGCAGGCAGCGAGGGAGUUGGUGUUGGAGGUGAUCAGAGAGAAGGACGGAGAUUUCAGGUCGGGGCGCAACGACUUCAGCGCCCGUCUGGGAGGAACCAGCCUGGACUCUGUUUCUCUGCAGGUGCCAGUUCCCAGGUUUGCUGUUGGCAUCGUGAUUGGCAGGAACGGAGAAAUGAUUAAGAAGAUCCAGAAUGAUGCAGGAGUCCGAAUCCAGUUUAAAGCAGAUGAUGGCAUCAGUCCGGAGCGUGUUGCCAUGGUGAUGGGUCAGCCAGACCGCUGUCAGCAUACUGUCCACCUCAUCAAUGAGCUCAUUCAGACCGCACAGGAGCGUGAUGGUUUUGGCUCGGCCCUGCGGGGUGGGAGGGUAAGAGGUCGUGGUGAUUGGACUAUGGGCUCUCCUGGUCCACUACAGGAAGUGACCUACACCAUCCCUGCUGACAAGUGUGGCCUGGUCAUCGGUAAAGGUGGAGAAACCAUCAAGAGUAUUAACCAGCAGUCUGGAGCCCACGUGGAGCUGCAGAGGAACCCUCCCCCCUCUACGGACCCCAACACCCGGGUCUUCACCAUCAGAGGCACCGCCCAGCAGAUGGACCUGGCCCGCCAGCUCAUAGACGACAAGAUCGGGGGUUCAGGUAUCAUGAGUAAUGGAGGUUUUGGCUUCAGUCCCUUCACCCAGGGCCCUGCUACACACCAGAACUGUGGCAGCGGUCAGACCUUCCUGACUGGCGUUUGGGGAAACACCUACCAGACCAGCUGGCAGAACCCUGGACAACAAGACCCUGGUCAGCAGAGCCAGCCUCAGAGCUUGAUGACAGACUACAGUAAGGCCUGGGAGGACUACUACAAGAAACAGAGUCAGUCCUCUCAGCAGAGUUCGGUGCCAGACUACACUGCAGCGUUAGCAGAAUACUACAGGCAGCAGCCCUACCUGUGGAACGCCGCCCAGAUACAGGAUCACUAGAGGCUCAUUCGUCACCGGUGAAGGCCUCGGAUGGUCGUCGACGGCAACCGAAUCGGGGUUUCCUAGCAACGCUCUGCCGCUUCCUCCUUCCUUUUGUAGAGAAAAAUAAGGAUUAACUGAAAAAUCACGAACUCUUUUCUUUCUGUUUUUUAACCUUACAAAGUUGAUAUUUUGUCGGGCAGAUUUUUUUGGACUAGCCUCUGGUCUCCACAGUGUAGACCUGGUUUUUCUUUUUGUUUUAUUUUUUAUCAAACUUGAACUUAAAGAUGUAUCAGUGUGGCUUUGAACAAAAAAAUCCAGUAUAAUCUAUAUUUUGUCUAGUUUUAUUUUCCAAUAAGAAAACGGUAUAAGGCUUAGCAGUCUUGAGUAAUAAAAUCAGAUAUUAUUAUUAUUAUUAUUUUGUUUAUGAUAAUGUUUUAAAGCAUGCGUCAGAUUGUGUGUUGACUCUCAGUUAUUUUUUUUUUUUAUUUUGGCAUAGAAAUAUUUUAAUAGCGUCAGAUGGAAAUUUAAUGUUUUACCGUCAGAGACAAAACUGUUUUUUGUACUAAAUUUGUGCUCGCUGGGUCUGUUUGUUCUCGAUCUAAUUUUACCUGUUUAGUCGCCAUCUUGGAGGUGCAAUGACGCGUUUAUUGUUUUCUUUUGGUUUGAUGAUAGUUCUUAUUCCUGUAUCUCUAUAGUGACUCUUUAGUUUUUAUGAUGUAAUGAUGAAUAAAUGACGAUUUAUAUUGCGUUGUCUAAAGCCGGAUCUCUCUGUGGUCAAACUGUUUUUGUCCUCCACAGGAUUUAAACCUCUAGCCGACACCAUGUUUCCCCGCCUCAACUUUCAUUACAAAAAGGGGAUAAAUGACUAUUUUCUUACAAAGUGAAACUUUAUUAUUGUUAUUGUAACUUAGUUCUGCAUUUCUACUUUGCUGAUUUGUUUAUAGAAGAAGUGUGAGCUGAACAAUGAAGUUAUCGAUUCUAUUAGCAAUGUAAACUGGCGUGUUAGCUAAACGUGUGUUAACACACGAACAAUGUUUGUUAGCAAAAAUAUGUGUUACCUCAACUGUGUUGGCUGAAUGUGGUGCUUAAACUGUUUCUGUUAGCUGUGUUGUAUUAGCUGAAUGUUAACUGAAAGGUGUGUUGUCUGAACAAUGUUUUUGUUAGCUGUGUGUGUUAGCUUAGCGGUUUGCGUUAGCUUUUACUGAACAUGCACAUUACGAAUUUGUGUUAGUUGAAUCAAAGUGGAGGCUGAACUGUUUCUGGGUUCCAGUGUGUGUUAGCAGAGUCUACUGGAUGUGUAGCUAUUAGCUAAACGUGUGCACUAAUUUAACUUUGCAGCGCUCAUGAUUAAUCGUAAAUAGCAGAGUAAGGAAAAAACAUUCACUUCAGCCUCCCAGUUGUAAUUGUAAAAAACAUAUCCGCAAACCAGUGACAAAAUGGCUCCAAAGAACCUUCACUGGCAUUAACAUCUAAAUAAAACCCAAUAAACAAGAAUAUAAUCCACUCUGCUAGUUAGAAAUAACUGCUAUAACAAUGUAAAACAUUCAAACACAUUGAUCUACUAUAACUACAUGGCUAGCUAAGCAUUAUCUUUGAAUAAUUUGUUAGGGUUCCUAAAAUCUCCCUUAUUCUCUAAACAUGACGUGAAUACAGCAUUAGUUAAAUAAAUUGUUAGCUAAUGUGCUGGCAGUAUGAACCUGUUAGUUAAACCAUGUACAUUAGCAAAACUGUUGUAGCUUAAUGGCGCGUGUUAGCUAAACUGUGUUUUGUGAACUUGUAGCUAAACUUGUGUGUUAGACGUGUGGUGUGUCAGAGUUAAACGGUGUGUAUGUUAGCUGUAUGUUGUGUGUCUGUUAAGGCUGGAUUAUGCUCCUCGAACAUGCACGGUUGUCAAAUUUUCGUGGCUCUUUUAUACGAACGUGGAAGUAUUUUUUCCUUUUUACUUUUCCAACCCAACUCCCAACAGGUUUUUGGAUUGUUUAAAACAUGUUGUUUAGAUUAGGAAGACUUUAAAGUUUCACCCCUAAAGCCCUCUUUGCAUAAAUACAAAGAGAGGUUUGUGCACCUUCAUAGAGGUGUAAUUCCAACCUUAGCUGUAUGUUUGUUAGCAGCGUGUGUGUCGUAUUUUUGUGCGUUAGCUAAACGUUGUUGUGUUGGACCACAGAGAGAUUUGUCUUGUGUUGAGGGAGAUCUGGCGGCUGUUGAGUUGAAUAUUGAAUCAGUGGUUCUGCUUCUUGUAUGUGUGAUAAUGAUGAUGAUAAUAAUAAUGACGACGAUAAUAAUGAGUUCUCCUGUACAAGGGUCUAUUUAAAUCUCUUUAUCCAGUUUGAAUAUUCAGUUUGUCGAUAAGAUAAUAUGGUUUGUGUAAAUUUCCACUCUGGCGGGUGCUCUCCAGUUAAAAAUGUACUUUGUUAUCCUGUUAAAAAUGAUAUUGUUUAAUUCACAUGUGUCUAACCGAUUUGCAAAGAGAAGCUGAGUAUGUGUUAUUUUCUCAAGACUGCUAGGCUAACUGUCUCUAUCUCCUCUUCUUGUCUGUCUCAGUCUGUCCGGACGUCACCACAUUUAAAAAGUUAGUGGGAUUUGUGAUUUUCUUUUUUUUUUUUUUUUUUUUUUCUUUUUUUUUCUAAACACGUCUGUAAUCGGACCAGGCGCGUUGAAUUGUCCCCAAGCUCGUUAGCGUGGCGGCUCUGAGACUAGGAGAGCUGUAGUGAGGGGAUUUUGCUCCCCGAAAAAUAAUUAAACACUGGAGUGGACGGUGGCUCGAUGUCCAGCCCCAGUUCCAGGGUUCCGAAGGUGUCGACUGUUAGAACCCGCACUGGGUUUAAAAUAGUUAAUAACUGGUCAGCGGGGUCACACAAAGCCUCCCCAACGUCCCAGUCCCAGGGCCAGGACUGAACACGACAUCACCUUCCACUCCGGUUUAGAUCUUCCUAGUCCCGACUCCUCGUCCUGAAGGGGUUAUAGGGAGCUUUUUGGUUUCUUGGUUUCUGUUGUUUUUCUAACGGACAGAUGUCCUAACUGUAACCUGCAGAUUUUUCUAUUAGAUUCUAUUGACCGAGUUGUGUAUGAACCCGAGCCACGAGACUGUCGGUGGCCGAGAAAUGGGAAGAUGGAUGAUGAUGAUUAACAUGAGGGCUAAUAAACAGGCUCAAUCUUUCUGA